AUGGAGGAAAAGCUUGUUAAAUCAUACAGAAUCACCCAACCUGGUUUCUCUAUGAUGAAUCUGAUGAAAGAUAUAUGUGAGGGCUUCUUAGAAGUGGGGACCAAUACCAUUCAUGAUGACACAGUAAGUUGUGCUGAUGCACAUUCCAAUCCUGUUGCACCUAAAGAAUGGGAAACUCAUGAUGUUUUAAAUAGGAAUGUCAAACGUCAAUUAACCAAUAGUGAAAGGAGUAAAAACAACCUCGCACUUGCUGAUCUAAAAUCUUCAACUUCAAGGAGUACGGUAAUAGUUCAGAAGCAACAUUUUCCUCAUGACAUACUGAGUUCCACUUAUUAUAUUGAUGACAUUACAAGACGGGAGGAGGAUCUGGAGAUUUCCUUGAUAAAUGACCUUAACAAUGGGCAGCACCCCAUGUUUAAGUAUAUCCCCAGGAACAUAACAUAUCAUAGAGCACAUGCGAAAGUUGCUUUUUCUAGUAUAUCAGAUGACAACUGUUGUUCCAAUUGCUUCGGAGAUUGUUUGUCUUCAGAAAUACGUUGUGCUUGUGCUGAUAAUACUGGUGGUAAAUUUGCUUACCUGCCAGGGGGUAUUGUUAAAGAAGAGUUUCUUGAAGACUUUAUUUUGAUGAAUUGCAGUCCCCACCAGAAAAAUCUUUGCUACUGCGAAGAGUGUCCACUAGAGAGGUCCAAGGAUAGUAGCUUGUCUGGCACAUGCAAUGGCCAUCUGGUCAGGAAGUUUAUAGAAGAGUGCUGGUAUAAAUGUGGUUGUGCCCAGGGUUUUGGGAAUCGUAUUGUGCAGCGGGGCAUAGUGCACAGAUUGCAGGUUUUUAUGACACUUGAAGGAAAGGGAUGGGGCCUUAGAACCCUUGAAGACCUGCCUAAAGGUGCCUUUGUCUGCGAGUACGUGGGAGAAAUAUUGACCCACAUGGAACUAUCUGAAAGAAAUUCGCUGAACACUGGAAAGAAAAAUACAUACUCUGUGCUAGUAGAUGCGGGCUGGUCUACUAAGCGUGUCCUCAAGGAUGAGGAAACUCUUUGUUUGGAUGCAACCUUUUAUGGAAAUGUUGCUAGAUUUAUCAAUCACAGUUGUGACAAUGCCAACUUGGUUGGGAUUCCAGUUGAAGUGAAGACUCCAGGUCAUCAUUAUUACCAUAAUUUACUUAUUAUCCUAAAUCUGCCGCUUGCUUUUUUCACAUCAAGGAAAGUUGAUGCUUUAGAGGAGUUGACUCGGGACUAUGGCAUUGACUUCAGUGAUCAUACUCACCUGGUGAAGGCUUUCAGAUGUUGCUGUGGUAGUCAAUUUUGCCGAGACAAGAAAGCUUAA